ACUCAAAGAUAAAAUGAUGAAUCCAACAAAAGGUAAUCACAGCUCGGUGGCCUUGAUUGGUUUAUAACAUAUCAACGGACACGGCGGGUUUCAUACUGAACCAAACAUUGCUUUUACAUUGUUCUUGUAGCAGGGUUGGGUCGUUGCGGUCAGUCCAUUUAUCCCAUCUAACUAUGUGAAGUACUUAAAUCAACAGAAAAGGCUUGACAAUAUAGCGGGAGUGAUUUUCCUUAUUCUUUUUUCCUGAAUAUUUAGAACGUUCCUUUUAUUGUUUUUGUAAGGUGUUUGUCUUUGAGCUCGUAAUCCUGGUGAGGGUGUAGUUUUGAGUAAGAGGGCACUCGGUAUUUCCUGAGUUUAGUCUCAAUCUUAAACUCCCAAACCCUUCGUCUGAAUUGAAAAGAGUAGAAAAACGAUCGGUGGAAGGGGUGAGAAUCAGACUUUGUUUCGUCCCUAAUCCCAUGCUGACAGAUCGCGCCGCAUCGCAGGCUACGGGUGAUUAUUUCUUUGGCCUUAUUUUACAACUUUUACUCUUAAGUAGAUUUUUUCAGGAUUCGUGGCAAAUGAAUCUAAAAUUCAGCAUUGUAUGAAUCCAAUACGCCGGCACGGCGGGCAAAGUCGCGUAGUAGAACGCGGAAAGUGACAAAUGGGUUAGUGAAUUGCCAUUGCGUUGCUUUCCUUCAUUAAAUCCUUCGUUCCAACUUUCAGCUACAGCUAACUGUAAAAUGUCUUCUAAAUCUCUAGUUCACUACCAUCUGUAAACAUGUGUCCCUUAAUUUUUUUUCAAUAGAUGAUUCACCAUACGAGGAAGACGCAUUUGAUAUCCCAGACACACCACCGGUAAAUAUUACUCCUUACUACAUUAGUCUCUUCUCAGUAGCUCGGGGAUCAAAGCUAAUUUGCACCGACAGAAUAUUCGCUGGUGGUCUCCCUGCCAGUCUCUUCACCCAGCCCUAUUCCCCCAGAAAUUCUCACAGUUGCGAUGUGUGAUCAGGCAAUACAGCAGUCGAUCGUUACGACAGAAGAACGCCGAGGGAAUAGUUUUCUCCUUUAAUAAUGACCACAAUGCUUUAAAUCGAACCCACCAACCAAUCACUUACAACCACGGUGGUCCAAAAAGUCUCACUCAACAAAUCGACACUAUCCCCUGAUGAAGACCUGCUGUACGCAGUCGAAAUGUCUCGAGCGAUAUAACUAAGUCACAGUCGUAAGAAAAACGAUUAACGAAACCAUAGAAAGUCAUUGCGUAUAGAGACCGAAAGCCCCAGCAUCUCUCGCCUCGUUUAAUGAUGUCUCCGUUGGAAAUUUAUGCGCGCAACAAAUCACGAAUCAGAACCCAACAAGAAUUGUAGAGUACCUUGAAACGCUGCCAUUUUGUUUCCUUUGAUGGUAGAGAUUACGAUUUUUCGUGUCAGUGCUCCGUCGUCAACGCGUCACGUUUUUCCUCCUUUAGGAUUUUGAUUUGGAAAGCGAAGAAGAGAUGGAAUUGGAGGAAAAAGAAGCACGCGAUCUUAGCAUGUGGAAGAUAACUAUUCCCCACGUGAUUAUGGAGACGAAACAGGUUUGUUGUGGUUAUGCAACUAUUUAUACUCAGAGAAAGUUGAAAUUUACGGCAGUUUUGAAUUGAUUACGGAGAAUUAUUUCGCGAUUGGUUUGAGCGAAAGGUACGGUGCUAUAAAACUGGCAACAACAAAGAAAUGUUCAACUUUGCGCCUUUUAACACCUGCGAAAAAAAUCCUUGCAACGCUGUUUGUUGCAAGACAGGUUCGAACGUGGGCGGUAAAACGCGCAACAUCGCUAUUCAACUCGUUUUGCAACAAUGUUAGAAACCAGUUGCACGUUUUUGUUGCCCGUUUGUGCAUCAACCGGUCUACCUCGGUCUCUCCCGGUCUCCACGUUUGAAAUCUUUGGAAAACAUACGAAAUGUUGAGAAGACCUCCGAUUUACACUGUUAAUCACCUAUUACUUUUUAUUAUAGCUGUUAUAAAGUUUUGGUGAUUCGCCGAAUACUGAUAAGGAUUAAAAAGACUCUAACUUGUAGAGUUCCGCUUGAGUUUUGGCUACAGAAUUUGUUUCAUUUGCUUUACAGAAAGGCAUCUUCAUAAUAUCAGUUGAAAGACGGGAUAUAACGGAAGGUGAAUAUUUUACUCCACAGUAUAGCAUAAAUACAGUUGUAGUAGCUCAGGCCUGAUGUUGACACUAUUAUAUUCACAUCAGAGCGACGUAAAACUCUCGAGAAGACUAAGAGGAAAAGAUAUGCUCUGAUCUUAAGUGUUUUCCGAAAACUGGUAUUGUUGGUUUGUAUGCAGCAAAGCAAUAAGCCUUUACUAUUUAAUGGUGUCUUAUGCUGACAUGUGGUAAAAAGUUUGGAGAUGCGUAGAAACUUGUGCGUUAACAACUGUAAACUAUUGUUUAUUCGUUAAAAAAGUUAUCCACUCUCGAAGGGAGAGAGGAGGGAAUAAGUAGAAGAGGACCCUGGGUACGAAGUUGACGCAGCCGUUCUUUGUGUGGUCACGCAACGCUUCUAGAGAGGAGCGUUGUGUGACAACAUUACGGACGGCGGCGUCAGCGACUACUUUUUAAAACUGUUUUCAAAUAAUUCCCCUCACUGUCGUUCACGUUUAGACAGUAACCAUAAUCGGAUAUUCGUUUUCUAACCUGCAUUGUGUGGACAAUUUUUUGGUGUGUACACUGAAAGACAAAGGUACACAUUUGAUAUAGUUAACGUUUACUCUCUGUGGAUACUUUGACUGGAAUAUUGUUUGUUAUUCACUCGCUUUAAACGUUUGACCUGAAAACAAUACUAAAACUAUUUUUAAGGGUUUGCUAUACUGAUAACAUAUGCAAUCAGUUGCGACCCAGUUGUUCAAAACUUGGAUAGCGCUAUCCUAUACCUGCCAACUUUUUCUGAGAUAUAAGCGUGAGAUUUUUAUCCUGGGAGUGCUGGGAUUUUUGAAGACGACAAGAUCAUUUCCGAAGAUUCCCGAAGAAGUCCGAAGUUUUCCGAAGAAGUCCGAAGUCUUCCGAAGACGUCCGAAGUCUGCCGAAGGCGAAGUUAUCGAGAAAACGCUUAUCCACAAAGUCAGAGAUCGCGAGGAAGGUAUUGUCAUUUAUUCAUUUUACACGUGGUUUUCUUUCCUUACAUGGGUCUGAGUUAACAUGUUUUUGGAAAUUGUGUCAAGCAAGACGGCAACAACUCACAUUUUUCAAUCAGGCGUGAGAAAUUGGCCGGCAGGCGUGAGCGGGCGUGAGAUCGAAGUUUUCAACCCGCAGGCGUGAGACACACGCCUAAGGCGUGAGAGUUGGCAGGUAUACUAUCCACUGACCAAAUCACUUGCCAGUGGUUAAGUUUUGAAGAAAACCAAUUUCAUCUUCCACUGGCGGAAUAGACAUUUAUCCAGUACAUAGCGCUCGCCGCCGUUUAAACAACUGAGGCCAGAAGUUUUGACUGUACUUAAUUUUCCUCUCGCUGGUAAAGCUCUAUAAACGUCCCUUGUCAAUUCAUUUUGCGAUUUCUCGCUCCACGUUCCUAUUUACUUGCGUUUUCUUGGUCCAUUCUUGAUCCGGGGCUGAUGCGCGUAACUUUCUCUCAAGGAACGUGGAUGAUACGUUAGGGGCUUGUCCGACUUUCUGUUCCAUAAUUUCAUCCGAAAACGCAAAUAGUUUUAAUACUCACAUUCUGUGAAUCAUUUCCGAUUUGAUCUCUAUGUUUAAUUCUCCAGUUUCCCAGGGAGUUCAGUCUUCGUUUGAUCUGCUUUGACAGGUUGUUCAGUGGUGUUUUUAAUUUCUUUCUCCAUUUCACUUAAGUUCUUCUCCAUUUCCCCGAACUUGUGAGCCAAGCUAGAGGCUUUCCUCUGUACUGUAUCUCUUCGUUCCAUCGAUCUUUGGAGUCGUGAUUCACUCUUGAAUAGACUGGCCUCUAUGACUUCUAGCUGAUUUGUCAGGGUUUGAAAUCUGUCUAGUAGUUCCUCGUAUUCCAUCAUGAUGUAGUAGAUUAUAUCCAAAUGUCCAAACCUCGUAUUUGUUUCGCAUGUGUUGGUCUUGUUGGUCUUGCUCGACAAACGCCGAUUUAUGUGAAUGUGAAUUUCUUUGAAAUCAAAACGUUUGAUCGGCAGAUAAAAGCCGCAACUUCAAUGUUUUGUUCGGGGAAGAAAUGGCGCGAAAGUUGAAAGGAGUUCGAAACAGGCAAAAGUGCGACUACCAGGGAAGCGGUGAAUUAAAAUCCAAAUUGUCACCGCUAUAUUUGAUUUUUUAUAAUCCUGUAAAUAAAACUGUCAAAUAUAAAGCCGGGCUCUUCAGUAGAUUUUCAAGUGUUAUUGACAGUUUGAAAAACUUCAAACUUUUUAUCUCGACGCUUCCUGCCUCUUGUUUUUGAUUGAUACUGAGGGUGAAAAGUGUGGACUACUUUUAGUAAAUCCAGUGUCGGUAGAAACUCCAUCUUAAAUCCAUCUUUAAACUUUCGUGAAUAAUGCCGGCACAUGAACGCCUUAUUGUGAUGCAGUUCAGGACGGCAAGUUUAUUUUUUUCUCCUGUUUCUCUCAGUGGUUUAAGGUGUCCGUUCUUUUAACGUUUUCCCCAAAAUCGUUCAUUUUUUAGUUUAACUGACCCGCAGAAAAACCGUUUUUAGCAGCGGGAAUUUGCUGUGCCUGCUAAAAGUUCGACUGAUAGUUGUUUCAAAAUUCAUGUAACGUAUAGAAUACGUCAAGUGUGCCUCUUUUAUUGCUUAAAGCGAAGCUGCUGAUCCUUAUAAGUAUUUAGUCAAUACAGAAGGCCAUAAGCCUAUCUAUCGGCAUAAUUGCCGGAUAUGUUCUUCCAGAGACUAUACUUAGCAAUAAAGCCUAUUAAAAUUAGCCUGCUUAGGCAGCCAGUAUUAGAAGAAUAUUGCACGAUCUUGUGUUCGUAAAAUCGAUUUUCCCCAAUACGGACCAACGCACCAUCUAAACAACAUCCGUAACGAUUUGUUCAUAUUUUGUUUUUGCAGCCACAAGAUGGGAUGUGGCGAGGGAAGCAGGGUUUCUGCCGCUCUGUUUAUUAAAAUGUCACACGAUUUCAGAUCAGACAAAGCCAAAAGCGUGUCAUAGAGAUUUAUCAAACUAGUUCAAGUACUUAUAUCGAGAGUAACAAAAAACAAAUCCAGUUUUGUUUUGCUUUUUUGUGAAAUUAGAAUGUUUGUCGCCAUACUAACGAAUCUCUCAAUACUUUUGAUAACCAAAUAUCUGUCAACAGUGGGAUCCAUCCUUAUAUAUUGAUAUGGAAAUAAGGGGAUCUUAAGUCUUCAAAUAAUUUUAAUUACAUUUUAAAAUUGUAUUGAUACAAUGUAGACAAAGUGCAACUAUUGAGUAUAGCGUCGUUAAUAUGAGUUGUUUCAAUCAUUGACUGUUAGUUUUGGUUAAAUUAAUUGUGUCGGUUUACUGUGUUCCUCCGUUAACGGCUGGCCUGUAGCUUUUUCUUUCUUUUGUGUUGUUGUUGCAUUUUGUUAUCGCAGGAGACCUAAAGAGUUCUAUGUCCUCCAGAGCAAAUUAAACGAGUUCCAUGGUAGGUCUUUAAUAUACUGCUUUUGUUUGUUUAUGCCGCAGCAGCUACACAAACACAGCAGUCUCAACAAUCAACGUCUAGUCGCUGCUCCCCAGCAAACCAGAAAAUUAUGUAAUCCCUACCCAAAUACAAACUGUAAGCUGUUUUCUGAGUGAAUCAAACUUCAUUUUGUAAAACUGCUUUCGUUGGCUUAAAUUUAAAUCGAAAAAACAAUAAAGUUUAACAUAAGUUCAAUAUAAGCCACGUUCGUAACAGUCCACAGGCAAAAAUAUUCUGGAAAGUCUCCGUGGUAACCUGCCCCUAAUGUAGAAGGGUAUUUGCCUAGAGGACUUUGGGGGAGCAAACAAACGACGAACCAAACAGUCCGACCAACAUUUUAAAAAUAGAGUGAAAACCAAUGCCAAAAUUUUAAACGACAUUUUGGCGUGUUCGUUAGAAAAAUAAGGAAAUUAAAGGUAGCUAAUUUUAUUAUUUAUAGGUCUUCUUCCAGUGAAAGAAUUAGUUAAUUCAGCCUUUCUAUCAUAAGAUGUAGUGCAAUAAUUUGGUAGUGUCUUUUCAGGAGAGAUCGAUGACUCGCUACUUCCACCCAAGCGUA